CGUGCUCACGAUUACACAACGAUAAUAGCAGAGCAUUCAGUGCAUCUUAGUCGUUAUACGUCCUGUACCUCGUAAAAGCCCACGACGGGAACGCAAGCACGAUCGCAGCAUGAACAAGCUCGCCUCGACCACAAUCAUCCACGUCAAUCGAUAUGCGACGACCCGUUCAGGUCUGGAACUCUUUGCCAACUUUCAUUAUUCGCCUCAAUGCCGGUCUGAACUUGCGGAUGGUGGGCAGAGAGGAGGUGUGAUCAGUUAUCAUCCGGGUGGGAUGUUUACUGGGUCGAGGGAUAUGGACUUCGUGUUUCCUACCGUCAAACAGGCUAUUCUGGACGACGGCCACAUCCUCGUACAACCCGGACACCGUCUGCUCGUCCCCACGUCCGGGCACGAAAUCUUGCAGGAUAUCAGGUCGUUCUUCGAUUACCUCGAAUCCGAUCGAUUCCUGGCCGCUCUGCCUGCCGGGGUCAACCCCGAUCUGAACAAGGUUCUGGUCUCGGGCUUCUCGGGAGGAGGAUAUGUCGCUCGACUAGCUGCGAUCGAGUUGCACGAGAGGAAUCUUCGGUCUGGGCAGGGGAAGUCGAAGCUCGGAUGCGUAGGAUUGCUUUCGUAUUUCGGGAUGGGUGGGGAUGUCAUCAAGAGUCCAUGGAUACGGGCUGAAGGACCGCAGGGGGACGACAACGACACGGACUCUGAGAUCUUUGAUACUAUAAGCCGGCUAUAUGCAAGGGGGGAGAUUUCGGACUCGCCUUACCCAGCGGAGAAACGCUUGAAAGGGUGGGAGAACGAUCUAGAGAGGGAGCCGAUUUGGGAUUGGUGGAACCGUUGUGGGACACUAUCGGAUACGUUGUGUGGCACUCGAGGUGAACUAAGAGGAAGUUGGGGGAGAUCGGACAGUAAGAAGGCUGAAGAGGUCGUCCCCGAGAAGCAUCACGGCUUGUUCCCCCAGAUCUACUUUGAAGGACUCGGAAUGGGAUCGGGGUUCCCGCCGACGAUGUUGGUACACGGGACGACGGAUGAGCUGGUCCCGUUCGAAGAAUCCGUUACGACCAGGGAUCAGCUACAGAAGGCGGGUGUCGACGUCGAACUGGUGGCGGUUCCUGGGGUCGACCAUUGGUUGCGGUACUCAGGCAAGGAAGAGUCACCGGUCGAGACUGAACAGGCACAUGCGAAGGUCGUCGAGUUCAUCAGGAGUUAG